UAGUUUCUUCUCUCUCAGAGUAAUUCCCUUUCAGGUUUUAACAUUGCAAAUGGCUUCCCGAUUCACUCGCUUGACUACCGUCGUCCCUCAGUUGGCUCGCGGUUAUGCUGCUCCUGCCAAGACCGUCAAGGUCCCUGUCACUCUCUUUGGUCUUAACGGUCGUUAUGCCACCGCCCUCUACUCUGCUGCCGCUCGUCAGAACGCUCUCGAUGCCGUUGAGAAGGACCUCAAGGCUCUCGAUGCCCUCGUUGUCAAGGACAAGGGUGUCCAGGCUUUCCUCGAGAACCCCACCAUCAACCGUAAAGUCAAGCUUGAUGGUAUUAACGCCUUGUUGUCCAAGGCCGGUAAGCCCAGUGAGGUCACCAAGAACCUUUUCGAGACUCUCUCCGAGAACGGUCGUCUUGACCAGACCACCAAGGUCAUCUCUUCCUUUGCUGAGUUGAUGAGCGCUCACCGCAAUGAGCUCUCCCUCGUCAUCACCUCCACCAAGGAAUUGGACAAGGCUACCUUGAACAAGAUUGCCGAAUCUCUCCAGAAGAGCGGUCUUUCUGAGGGUAAGAAGCUCCUCGUCUCCAACAAGGUCAAGGCUGAUAUCCUCGGUGGUCUCCUUGUCGAGAUUGGUGACAAGAGCAUUGACUUGACUGUUUCCACCAGACUUGCCAAGCUCAACAAGUUGGUCACUGACUCCAUCUAAACAUUCCUACUGUCAUUUGUCACCAUCGAAACGCAUACGCACGAUCGAAUCUUUUAAGCUUGUAAAGAGAACAGAAAAAAAAAUACAGACUAAAAAUGCCAAUAAAUCAACAUAGCUUGAUUUGUAUACUUGCUUUUCGUUACCAAUUUGUUACACAGACAAUUCCCCCUUUUGCCUCUCCGGUAUUGCAGAGGAACCAAAAAACAAUAAACUUUGCUGGUUUCCUCAUGGCGUUAUCACCCACUCU